AAUGCAAAGCUAGUAAUGUGUUUACCUACCAGCAAAUAUUCUACCAGUGUUAACAAAACACUGACAAAAUACAAACAACAUUACAAAUUUAAGAUGUAAAUAUCCUGGGCCGUUUAAAAAAGAAAAUUGCCGUGUUUUAAAACAAAUAAGUGUUAAAAUGUGACUACAUAUUAUUCUGCUGGUAAUUAUGUUCAGAUCCAAUGAGAUGUGAGCAGAUUAGGUUCAUAUGGAGGCUGGAUUAACCUCCACCCGUACGAUAAUCCGCGUCAGCAUAUUUCUUUCACACGUAGCUACACAAUAGAGUUGUUUCUGAAUUCGAUUCGCGAAUUUCUGUUGCUUUAGCAGUUCUCUUUUAGAACUUAGGCACCUUGCAGCUCCCUGUCCAGUCUGCCACGACACUGACAGAUUCCAGGGCUGGACCGCCUUUGAUAAGCAUCCUAUGGUAUUUUGUUCAAGAUGGCGGUGGCGAGCAUGGAAAAGGACGCGAUAAACACCGAAGAUGAUCUUCACCUUAAUAAUUCUUUUGGAGAUUCUGGGCUUAUCUCCCCUGAUAAAGAAGACAUCUCUCGUAUUCUGACAGUUCCUUUCAGUGGACGGAUCAGAGGUGGGAUGAGACCUGGGAAGAAAAUCAUUAUAUUGGGCAUCAUUGAUCCAGAGCCAGACAGCUUUGACAUCAGUUUGAGUUGUGGCCACAAUGAGGAGAAGGAUGAUGAAGAGCUCACUGAUGUGGCCCUUAAACUCAGUGCACGAUUCACCGAAAGGCAGUUCCUGAGGAAUGCACGGAUUUCUGGAAAAUGGAGUGAGGAAGAGGCACCCAUAGCUUACUUCCCCUUCAUCCCGGACCAGCCUUUUAGGAUUGAGAUCCAUUGUGAGCACCAGCGUUUUAGGAUCUUUGUGGAUGGACACCAGCUGUUUGACUUUUAUCACAAAGUAAAGUCUUUGCCGGCCAUUAAUAUGAUCCGGAUAGUUGGGAGUCUUCAGAUCACCAAGCUGGGCUAACCAAGCACACCUGAGCACGCGCCAGAAAGGACUUCUCACAGGUGACCGUCUACACCUGUGCGUUUGCCGCAGCUCACACAACAAAGACAUCAACGACAUCUGCAUUUUCACUUCUCUUUUGCCCUCUAACCUCACAUUGUAAUGAUUUCUGAGUAUUGUGUCAUAACAGGUUGGUGAAUGGUUGCAAUAUCAGAUGUGUGUUUUCCGGUAUCUGCUUCACAUUGUAGCUUAUCUAUUUAGCUUCAGUAAUUUUUCAGGGAUCGCACACUUUGAUAUGCACUCUGUGGCAGUAACAUACGCCACUGGGAUUUAGCUGCUCUUCAUAGACACUGCCAAUAUACUUGUGCUUGUAGUCUUGCAGUGUAGUUUCAAAAUGAUCCAAAACUCAGGAAGUCAGAUAAAGUUGAUUUUACUUCAUUUCAUUCUGAUGAUAAAUUUGCUUUAAAUGAAUAUUAAAUGGCUUUGGCUGCUAGAACAUAGGAUUCGCAGUUCCACCUGGGUUUGAUUUGCGUUAUGUAACCUUAAUAAUUAACAUUUUGGAAGGAAGAUGUUAUUUUGUCUCCAACUGUAUCUCCUUUCCUGUAUCUGUUCAUUGCAGCUAUUCAUUUUUGGGAAAUAUAUAAUGUGUUACACUGAAAUAUUGUAGAAUGUCACAGGAUUAUUUAACUUGAGGUAGAGGAAGUUUUUAUUUUUGGAAAUUUGAUCAUCCAGUCAUUCUCCUCAAAACCAGCACAGUAUUUAAGUACAAUAGUAUAAUGUUAAAUCCUUGGCAACCAAACAAAUUAUUGCUUUUAGACACAGAUGGUUAAUUUACAUUACAUUGUUUUUUUGUGAGGAAUGACUUCAGUGCAGCGAUUUAGCAAAAAAUAACUCCGCUUAUCUGUUUACACUUUAUUAUAAGCACCUCGUUAAAGUUGAAGGAGCAGAUAUAACAGGGCUGAAUUGUUUCUUGAAUGUACCGUCAUCCACUGAUAGGCUUUGUGAUAGCAUAGCUGUGGGUGUAAAGUGAGCGUCUUAAGUCUAAAAAACAAACAAAAAAAAAAAAAAAACUAUUAUUCUCUCCCCUUCCAUACUAAUGUCACUCCUUUUAAUAUACACGCAUAGCCUGCAUCCCAAUAUGCAUACUAUCAGUCCUAAAUUUUAUGUGAUAGUAGUCAUUUUCAGUACUGUUUAGGGCAGAUAGGGUGGAUAGUAUGCACACUGGGACACCGGGAUAGUGAAUAGUCAGCAUAUUUCCUGUAAUCAGCAGGCUAUUUGAUCAGAACAUCUGCCCUGUACACCCACAAUGCUGUCCACUUGGUUGUCUUCUCCUCAACUUCCACAUAUAGGAUUGGAUAGGUAUAAUAGCAGUGAUUAGUAUUGCUACUUAUUACAUUACAGUAUCCAAAAAACACUUUGAUUUGCAUGAUAUGCAUAUAUACACUACUGUUCAAAAGUUUGGGGUCAGUAAGAUUUUUAAAAAAGGUUUUUGAAAGAAGUCUCUUAAAGGGGUAGUUCACCCAAAAAUGAAGAUUGUCAUUAAUUACUCACCCUCAUGUCGUUCCAAACCUGUAAGACCUUCGUUCAUCUUCAGAACACAAAUUAAGAUUGAAAUAGUCCUUAAACUACAUAUAAGGAAUACUUUUUUUGUGUGCAAAGAAAACAAAAAUAUUUACAUUAUUCAACAAUUUCUUUUCUCCAGGGACAGUCCGCCGCCACUAUUGAGAAUACCACGACACAGCUUCUUGUUUACGAGCAGAGGAAUGCAAACGCAUGUGUCGUCAUACAGUAAUGUCGGCGGACUGUCCCAUGUCACAUGGACUAUUUUAACAAUGUCCUUACUACCUUGCUGGGCCUUGAACAUGUCAGUUGCGUUGUUGUCUAUGCAGGAUCAGAAAGCUCUCAGAUUUCAUCAAAAGUAUCUUUAUUUGUGUUCUAAAGAUGAACAAAGGUCUUACAGGUUUGGAACAACAUGAGAGUGAGUAAUUAAUGACAGAAUUUUCAUUUUUGCGAGAACUAUCCCUUUAAGCUCACCAAGACUGCAUUUACUUGAUGGUAAUUGCAGCAAAAAUGGCAUUGUUGUGAAAUAGUUAAAAAAAAAAAAAAAAAAAAACUUUUCCAUUUUAUUUUAUUUAAAAUGUAGUUUAUUCGUGUGAUGGCAAAGCUAAAUUUUCACUCCGGUCUUCAGUGUCUCAUUAUCCUUCAGAAAUCAUGCAGAUAUGCUGAUUUGGUUCUCAAGAAACAUUUAUUAUCAGUGCGCUGCUUAACAUUUUUUGUGGAAACUGAUAUUAUGAUAUUAAGUUGUAUUCAUUUCUUAAUGACCCCAAACUAAAAGUGUCAUCAGUGCUUCUCAUUAGUCAGUAUUAUAUUCAGUAUUACGGUCACUAUUGUAAUAUUUUCUAAUAUUGUUCUCAGUCUGUCUUGGAAAACACGGAAAUAGAGGCAGUUACGAAUGAAGUUGAAGGGCUGCUGUUUUGCCUUGACUGAAUUUCAUGUGAUGGAAUAAUGCUAUUAUAUGCCAGACAGUACUUAACACCAGCCAAUAACAUUUGCCCACAUCAGCAUUUGGUCAACAUUCAAGUCAGAAUAUUUAUUGAAGUCAAGAGUGCAAUAGUGCAAGAGUGCAACUUGUAUUAAAGUUCCUUAAUCCACUGAGAAGGUAUUCCUGGGCCCUCAUUUAUCAAUGGUGCAUACGCACAGAUGAGCGCGUAAGAACAGUUUCACGCAAAAUGUGGGAUCUACCAACUUGUGCUUCUAUGUAGGAAUGUGUGUAAAUAUAAAGAUAAAAUAUAGAACCUUUUCUGUGCACUGUUGAUAAAUGAGGCCCCUAGUACUCUAGCUAAAUAAAGUAUUGUACAUUUAAUGUGAAGUAGGUCAUUUUUACACUUGGCUGAUUUUCUCUGCAAUUGUUUGUCUCAAACUCAUGCAGAGAUUGUUUAAUUGAGAAUCGGUAUGGCAGCACAAGCAAUAUAGUCCUUGACCACACAUCCAUCUGACAUGUUGUGGCAAACGCACUUUGAUAUGACAUAUUUAGCAACUGAAACAUGGUCACCUAGACCAAUAUGUUACACUUAACAGUAUUGCUAUUUAACUGCUAAAUCUGUGAGUUGUGAGCUUCAUUCUGUCUGGUGGUGUUUUAACAUUUAAAUGUUGACUAUUCUGAGCAUUAUUUAGUCUCUGAACAAUGACUGUGUGAAGUUACACCUGGAUAUUUGAAAAAUGGGGAGGGAGAAUCUGUAUUUCCAAAAAUAACAGGUGUAAGGAGAGAAUGUCAGUAGUGCUGACUGCGCUUUAAGAAACCUUAGUACACUAAUAGAUUUUGUGUAUGUAUUUGGCAGACGCUGUUAUCCAAAGUGACUUACAGUUCAUUUAAGAUGUAACAAACGAUGCAUUUCUCCCUAUGAUCCUAUGAAUAUUCCCGAUUACUGACACCAGUUCUAAUGCUUCCAUCUUUAUUGUGUUGUAUCUCAAAAUUAACAAUUUUUCAGACUGGUUCACAUUUAUGAGGGUUGAACAUGAAUGUCCUGGUUGUAAACUAUUGUUAUAUGAAGCCUUCGAACUUUGGAUGUACAUAUACUAAACAGGGCCUCUGUAUGCUUCAUUUUUUUUUUUUUUUUUUAAUAUAUAUAUUUUUUGCUACUGCAAUAAUGUCUCGACACUAAAGAGAGUGUUUGUUUGGUGUAUGUGAUAUUUAGUCUGAAUGUUCACUGGUUACCAGUUCAUCAACAUUUUAGUUGAUUUCUUUAGACUCUAGGUAGCAUGGUACGUUUCUUUUUCCUCUUUUGGAGUUUCAGAACUUUGCUUAAUUUUUAGAGAUUAAUAUGUCAGUUCUGUAUUUUUAAAGUGGCCCAUUACUAGUUAGUUUGUGAGUUAGGUUGUGAUGUUGGAUGUAGUUGCACAAUCAUUUUCAUGAAUUAAAACCUGGUUGGUUCGGUGUGCUUUCAAAACUUGGUAUUUAUCAGAAAUGUGCCUACUGAAAUACAGCGUUGGUGUUUGGGAUCUAAAAUUGUAUUAUUACUAAUGAUUUACACCAACAGACUUGCAUUUUAAGUUGCACUUUUCACUUUUUUUUUUUUUUUUUUUUUUUUUUUGUAAUGCACUUCAUGUGUGGUUGAAGCAAGCGCUGCUAUUGAAACUUAUUAAUAAAAACAAACAAUAAAUUCAUAAUUCAUUCCA